AGUAGAGAGUGAAGUUGAAAAAAGUUGGAAAGACUACCCUUCAGGCAUCCGAACAAGUCUGGACUGCAGUGACAGGGACGGCUCAACAAGAGAAGUUAUUUUAAAAAAAUAUAAAUAAAACAAGCUGUGCAACGCCUACGUGCUAAUUCAGAGAAGAACAUCGUAUCAAUCUCGUGCCAGUUACUUUUGCAGAGGGAGAAAGCUGGAUGACAGAAACUGAAGAGCAGGCACCGUUCAUUCAGAGCAAAAAUACUGUAGGCUAUGUGCUUUUAAAUUCCUCUUCAACUGAGGAAUUCAACUGAACGCAAGAAAGAAAGACGGUUGGAUUAUGAGAGGGGAAGUAGAAAGGUUGUGAAGAUGUGGAGCUGGCUAAUUCCACUGACUGUGCUGCUCUCCUCUGUACCUCGGGCUGAAACACAAGGACGUUGUAAUAACAUACAAGCGGCAGACAUUGUGUUCCUGGUGGACGGCUCUUCCAGUAUUGGCCGUGCAAACUUCCUGCAGGUGAAGGGGUUUAUGGCUGGCAUUGUGAAACCCUUCACUGGCGCAGUCAGUGCCACUGGGGUCAGAUUUGGGGCCGUGCAGUACAGUGACACCUCCAGAGUGGAGUUCACCUUCACCACGUACUUGAAUGGGACGGAGCUGGUCAGUGCGGUGGAGAACCUGAACUACAAGGGGGGCAACACGCGAACUGGGGCUGGACUCAAGUUCGUUGCAGACAACUUCUUUAGUGCAUCUGCAAUCCGGGAUGUUCCAAAGAUUGCAAUCUUGAUCACUGAUGGGAAAUCCCAGGAUAGUGUGAGGGAUCCUGCUCAGAAGCUCCGCAGUCUGGGGGUCAAAUUGUUUGCUGUGGGUAUAAAGAAUGCUGAUGAGGUGGAGCUGGCUCUGAUAGCCUCAGAGCCCACACGUGACUUCUCCUUUUUCGUGGGGGACUUCAAGAUCUUGAGCACGCUGCUGCCCCUGGUGGCACCCCAUGUUUGUGCCAGCUCAGGUGGCGUCUACGCCAGUGACGACGCCUUCUCUGGUCCCUCUAACCUGCAGUUCUUAGUUGAGACCUUUGAUUCCCUGAAAUUUCGGUGGGCAGCAGCAUUGGGACCCGUGAAUGGCUAUGUUGUGCAGUACGUACCCCUUUCUGGACUUGGGCAGCCAAUCACAUCCGAGUUCCAACAGGAAACCGUGCCGGCAGGGCAGAAGACUUUCAUCGCACGGAACCUUAAAUCUGGCACAGAUUACUUGGUGACGGUCAUUGCUCAGUACCCAAACAGUGUUGGGGAGUCUGUCUCUGGAAAGGCCAGGACCAGGUCUCGCCCAGGCGUGUCAAACUUCCGUGUGGUCCAGGCGGCGUUCUUCUCCCUCUCUCUUGCCUGGGAUGCUCCCUCCUCCCCAGCCCAGGGUUACAGGAUCACGUAUGGCCCCACAGGUCGUACGGUUACCCAGUUAUCUGAACAGUCUCUGGCCGCUGACUCUACCUCAGUCACCCUGGAGGGACUGCAGCCUGACACGGAGUAUGCCCUCAACCUCUACCCCCUUUUCCCGCAAAACUCUGUCUCCCCGGCAACACUGAAUGCUCGCACAUUGAGGCUGCAGGCCGUACAGCAGCUCUCCGUUCAGACUGUUUCUGAAGGCAGUGUCCACGUGCUGUGGAAGGGAGUGGGCGGAGUCAGGGCUUACCGCCUGGUGUGGGGACCCUUCACAGGCCGUGAUGUGGAGAGCGUGGAGGUGCCGGGGGACAGUGAGUCUCACACCCUGACUAACGUGGAGCCGGACACGGAGUACAUUGUCACUGUCAUCGGAAUUUAUGACAACACUGAGGGGCCAGCAGCAACAGCCAGGUUCAAAAUAGACCAUCGGGAGCAGCAGGUUCUGCGGGCCACUACCGCCGGGCCCACUACCAUCCGGCUGAACUGGAACGUGAUCCCGUCCGCACGAGGAUACCGUCUAGAGUGGAGGCAGGGGGAGGGUGGCAGAAUACAGAGACAGUCCUUUCCCAAAAGCACCUCCAGCUAUGAGCUGACAGGGCUCCAGCCGAGCACAGAGUACAUAAUCACCCUGUACACCCUCUACGAGGGCCGUGAAGAGGCCACGCCUGUCUCCACUUUAAAACCAGAGGGACAACCUGUAGGCCGCAUAUCCAACCUGCGUGUGAUUGAAACUCUGGGCAACAUUGUUCGACUGGGGUGGACCGGUGUGGCUGGGGCAACUCAGUACCGCAUUAUCAUCUUAAACACUGAAACUGAGAGUCAAGAAACCCACAGUAUCCCUGGCGAUCAAACGACCCUUGACGUGCAGGGGCUUUCACAUGGUGUAUUGUAUGGAAUCAGCGUGACAGCGAUAGUGGGAGACAGUGAAGGGGACCCUGUCUCACUGGACAUCAAAGCAGGGCCAGCAGUGGACAGAGUAGAGAACCUGCGAGUGAUCAAUGUCAACAGCCGUCGCAUCAGGAUUGCCUGGACGAGGGUUCCCGAGGCAACCGAAUACAGGGUCACCUGGAGACAAGGAAAUUUUCCGGAGCAGUCCCGUGUUUUGGGGGCAGACGCCACUGCCUUCACUGUAGAAGGGCUGCAGCCUGAUGAUGCAGUGGUCAUUGGUGUUGCCGCUGUCAUUGGCCAACGCAGUGGGGAUGUGGUGUCACUCACAACCAAGACCAAUCCGAAUGGCGGGGGCGUUGUCAAAGAGGUGCGACUGCUGGGCACAACGGCUCAAGGGAUACGUAUCGGCUGGACGCCUGUGCUCAGGGCGGCCGGCUAUAAGAUCACCUGGCGUCACGGAGAUGGUAUGGAAGAUUACCGCAGAGUGCCUGGUGAUACCACUUCCUUCUCCAUUGAUGGCCUCCUGGAGAACACAGAAUACAGGGUGUCAGUGUCCUCUCUGAUUGGCUCAAAGGAGGGAACCCCCGCCUACCUGAACACUAAAACCGGUCAAGAGCAGGUUGUGGGAUCAGUAAAGGAUUUGCAGGUCCAGGAGACCCAUGGUGAGGUUGUGAGGGUAACAUGGGUUGGGGUCCAGGGAGCGACCAAGUACAUUGUUAUUUGGAAGCGCACUGAUGGGGGGAAGGAGGAAAGUCAGCUGGUGGGGGGCAAUAUCACGUCGGUGGACCUGGAGCUGGACCCGGGGGUGCAGUAUGAGGUGCAGGUCAAGGCGCUGGUUCAUGAUCGAGAGGGAUCUCCCGUCUCCAUCAGGGUGACCACGGCGGGAGUUUCUACGGGGGUGGAGGGGGUGCAGGUGCUGGAAUCCACUCCGGAGACACUGCUUCUUUCCUGGAGGAGGCGGUCUGGAGUGUCCGGAUAUCGCAUCUACUGGAGAUCAUCACAGGGUGAAUCAGAACUGAGCCGUGUGGUUGGCAGAGACAUAACCUCGUUCACCCUGGAGGGGCUGCGGGCUGGAGAGCGCUACACGAUACGUGUGGCUGCUCUUUAUCAGGACAGAGAGGGCGAGUCCAACACCAUCAUAGUCACCACGGCAUCUCCAGCACCCCUGCAGCCAGUGACGGACUUCCGUGUGGUUGAUAUUACCCAGAAUUCUAUGAUGCUGGGCUGGACUCCAGCGGUUGGUGCUACGGGGUACAUACUGCGCUGGGAGGAGGAGCAAGAUCGUAGGCAGGGGCAGCCUAUAAGGCUCCCAGCCUUCUCCAGUUCAUUCCGUGUCACGGAGCUGCAGCUGGGACGCCAAUAUCGCUUCACCAUUCAGCCCGUCUACCAAACAGAGACAGGGCCAGAAUCUUUAGUUCGGGAACGCACAGUGUGCGUGGACGGCCGCCUGGAUCUGGUGUUUUUGGUCCCUGCCUCUCGGGACAAGACGGAGCUGGCUGAGGCUCUGCUGUCCCUCCUCACCAACGUGGCUGGGAUACUGCCCUCCAUCGGGCCCCGUGACUCACAGGUGGGGAUAGUAUUAUACAGCUCACUUUCCAGGGUGUGGUUCCUGCUCAGUCGACAUAGCAACAAGGAGAACCUGCUGCAAGAGAUCUUGGCCACACCCUUCACUGCAGAGCCAGGAAAUGCUGUUGGUCAGGGAGUGACAUACACCAGGGAGCUCCUCCUCCCUGCCUCUGCUGGUCGCAGACCUGGGGUCCGCGGGGUCCUGGUCAUCAUCACAGAUUCAAGGUCCACCGAUGACCUCAUUGCUCCUGCUGCUGCUGUCCAGGCUGCUGGGAUGACGGUCCUGGCGGUGGGGUUGGGACAUGCGGACACGGAGGAGCUGCGGCGGGCGGUGACUGACGGAAGCACGCAGAACGUUCUGUACGCGAGUGAUGUUGGGCAGAUGGGACGCGUGCAGUCAGACCUCGCAGGACUGCUGUGUGGGAUGGCACAGGGUCCUACAACUCCAGGGUGCGCAGUGCAGUGUCCCCGGGGAGAGAGAGGAGAACAAGGUGAAAAGGGGCAGCGAGGACGAGAUGGAACUAAUGGACAGAAAGGGGAACCGGGUAGGGAUGGAUUUCCAGGGAGAGAUGGGCCCCGGGGCCCUGAGGGCCGGCCAGGCCCGCCUGGCACUGGCACCACUGAGGGGUUGCCAGGGGAGAAGGGUGACAGGGGGUUUCCUGGAGUGGAUGGAAGCCCUGGCUUGCCAGGACGUAAUGGGAACCCCGGCCCUCCAGGUGUGCUGGGUUCGCCUGGACCGCCUGGUGCCCGAGGAGACCCUGGCGCUCCGGGCAUCUCUGGUCCAGCAGGGUCAAAGGGUGAGAAAGGAGAGAGGGGGGACUUUGAGGUUGGUGAUAGAGCCCCAGGAAGGAAAGGAGAACCUGGGAUUCCUGGAAUACCGGGCUCCCCGGGUCGCCCAGGGUCUGAUGGGGCUAAGGGCAGCAUGGGACCCCCUGGGAUUCCAGGCCAGGAUGGUCGCCCUGGGAUACCGGGCACCCCUGGAAUAUCUAUCAAGGGGGACAAAGGCAGCACUGGAGAGAGGGGGCCACCAGGAGGGGGAAAUGGAAGAGGGGAAAAAGGGGAAAAGGGAGCGCCGGGGACUUCAGGAGCACCUGGGACCCCAGGCCCCAGAGGAAUAACAGGACUUACGGGGCCCAAAGGAGAGAAGGGAGAAAUUGGAGAGGGGUUACCAGGCCCUCCAGGUAGGGCAGGGGAGGCAGGAGACCGGGGUCCAAGGGGGCCUUCAGGGGAGAAUGGCAGUAAAGGUGACAGGGGUCAACCAGGUGAUCCUGGGUUACCAGGAGAGAGGGGCGAGAGGGGUAUUCCUGGCCUAGUGGGGGUGAAGGGGGAGCCAGGCAAGCCUGGCUUAACUGGGCCCGAAGGCCAAAGGGGUUUGGACGGGCUCAAUGGGUUGCCAGGGGAUAAGGGAAGUCAAGGAGCUCCUGGGCCGCCAGGGAGAAGCGGGCCAGGGGUGCAUGGGUACAAAGGUGAACGGGGUGAACCGGGUCUGCCUGGCCAGGAGGGUGCCAAAGGCUUGAAGGGGGAUCCUGGAGAGAAAGGUGAAAAAGGUGUUUCAGGAUUUGGGGCUCCAGGCCAGCCAGGACAAAGGGGUGAACCAGGAGAAAGGGGUAACCCUGGUUUAGCUGGCAAGCCAGGUGUUAAGGGAAGCCAAGGUGAAGCGGGAGAGCCUGGAGAAAAUGGGAGACAAGGACCCACAGGCCCCCCGGGGCUAAGAGGAAAAGAGGGAGAGAAAGGAGACAAGGGAGACGAAGGGGUUCCGGGGGAGUCUGGCCUGCCAGGGAAGUCUGGGGAGAGAGGCCUGAGGGGCUUGUCGGGUCAGCCUGGGCGACCAGGUGAAAAGGGUGACCCAGGAGAACCAGGAGAAAAUGGCCGUAAUGGGAGCCCUGGAUCUGCAGGGCCGAGAGGGGAAAAGGGAGAACUGGGAGCAACGGGGCAACCUGGACCCCCAGGGAGAGUGCCGGAUAUGCAAAAGCAGCUGAAAGGGGAGAGAGGAGAUAAGGGUGAUGCCGGUCAACCUGGGGAAAGUGGAGCUAAGGGUCCGAAGGGAGAUGUUGGGCCUCAAGGGCCCGCAGGACUUCGAGGUGCUGAUGGACAGAGAGGAUCUCCAGGGCCCAGAGGUGAUACGGGAGACAGAGGAAGCCCAGGAGAAAAGGGUGAGCGGGGUUCCUCUGGUCUGGACGGCCGCAAUGGACAGGACGGUAAACCGGGUGCUGCAGGGCCCCCAGGACUCCGGGGGGAUCCAGGAAAGCCAGGAGAAGCAGGGAGAGAUGGCCUCCCAGGACAGAGAGGGGGUCAAGGUCCUAUAGGUCCAGCAGGGCCUCCAGGAAACGCUGGCAUACCAGGAAAACCAGGAGAUGAUGGGAAACCAGGUGUUCCUGGAAAGACGGGAGAAGACGGCACUCCAGGGGAGGACGGCCGAAAGGGUGAUAAGGGCGAGGCCGGGCCUUCGGGGCGAGAUGGACGAGACGGAUUGAAGGGGGAUAGGGGAAUAGCGGGACCAGCGGGUCCUUCCGGCUCCGCAGGGUCCCCAGGGAACCCUGGCCCCAUUGGACCUCCAGGACAGGUGGUCUAUCUGAAAGGUGCAGAACCAGCACCUAUUCCGGGCCCCCAGGGGCCCCCCGGGACACCAGGGGUCCCUGGAAUCCAUGGAACUGCCGGGGCAAGAGGUGAGAAAGGGCCACCAGGGACAAAAGGAGACAGGGGUGACCCAGGGGAAGAUGGAGGUCCAGGCAGACCAGGAACAGCAGUGGAUGUGAAAAAAGCCCUCCUAGAAUUUGGAAUUGAGAUUCAUAAAGUGAAGGAGACGGUGGACAAAUGGCGGGACUUUGGAGCCCCCCCAAAGCCAGAGAAGGGACAGAGAGGAGACAAAGGGGAAGCAGGACAAAGGGGACCCCCUGGGGUUGAUGGGCAGCGCGGUCUACCUGGUGAAAGAGGCCAGAAGGGUGAUCAGGGAGAACGCGGGCCCCAAGGGGCCACAGGACCCCCAGGGCGAGCCAUUGGGGAGCGUGGCGCUGAAGGUCCCCCGGGGCAGGCAGGGGAGCCAGGAAAACCUGGUAUACCAGGGGUUCCAGGGCGAGCGGGCGAGCUGGGCGAGGUCGGGCGUCCUGGAGACAAGGGCGACAGAGGAGAGAAAGGGGACAAGGGAGAUUCUGGGAAAGCUGGUGUACCUGGAACAGCUGGUCCCCCUGGUCUCAAAGGAGACCCUCCAGAUCUGUCCAAAAUAGGGUCCAUUCCAGGAGUGAAGGGUUCAACAGGGGAUCCAGGCCCAAAAGGGGAACCAGGGCUCCCCGGGCCUGUUGGACCCAAGGGGGACAGGGGUUUUCCUAGCGCUCGUGGUGAGAAAGGAGACAGGGGUGAUGUUGGAGAGAAGGGCAGAGAUGGUUUUUCGGGGUCUCCAGGAGAACCAGGAAAACCAGGACAAGAUGGGAAACCGGGGCUGCCUGGGUUCCCUGGAGUGCUGGGGAGACCGGGAAAUCCCGGAGAGACAGGAGUAAGAGGACAGACUGGUCCCAUGGGAGGUAACGGGCCACCUGGGCCCCCUGGAGUCAAGGGGAACCAGGGAGAGCCAGGAGUGGGAGUCCAGGGGCUCCCAGGUCCCCAGGGCAACAUGGGAUUACCAGGACCUCCAGGGCCUCCAGGAGCAGUAGGUCCACAGGGGCCUCCAGGCUUGCCUGGACAAAUGGGUGAGGGAGGUAAGCCGGGCGUACCUGGCAGAGAUGGCGUGCCUGGCAAAGAUGGAACCCCAGGACUACCAGGGAAACAGGGUAUUGCUGGUCCUGUGGGCCCCUCAGGAGCAAAAGGCGAACAAGGAGACAGCGGACCCCCAGGAAAGGCUGUUCCAGGCCCUCCUGGUCUGAGAGGACAGCAGGGAUUACCUGGGCAGACAUUACCAGGGAUAGCUGGAGAGAGGGGACCGCCUGGAUUGCCGGGAGUGAAGGGAGAUAAGGGACCUGCAGGGGGCAAAGGAGAGAGAGGAGUCCCUGGGGAGCCUGGAGAUCCUGGAGAUGACGGGCCAAAUGGUUCACCUGGACCCAAAGGAGACAAAGGGGAGCGUGGAGUUGGGCUUGCAGGGCCCCCUGGUCAGCUGGGUCCCCUGGGAUUGAAGGGAGACCCAGGACUACCAGGCCCCCCUGGCCCCCCAGGGCCCCGUGGAAUUGCAGGAACUCCUGGUCUUGCUGGACUGAGGGGAGAGCCUGGGGCCCCAGGGCCCCCAGGGCCCCUGGGAGAGAGGGGUCAACAGGGAUUUCCAGGAAGAGAUGGUAACCCGGGACCUCCAGGUCCAAUUGGACCACCUGGCUUGGCGGGUUCUGCUGGUGCUGCUGGACUGAAAGGAGACAAGGGGGAUGUGGGUGUAGGUUUACCUGGAGCAAGAGGAGAGAGGGGAGACCCAGGUCCCAGGGGCGAAGAGGGGCGCAGUGGACAGGAUGGAGACAGGGGACCAGCAGGGACUCCAGGAACUAGAGGAGAGAGGGGAGAGAAAGGUGAACUAGGCACUCCUGGAGACAAGGGAGAAAAGGGUGAGACUUUGCUGCUCAGGGGUGAUCCAGGACCACUGGGAAAUAAAGGAGAAAAUGGAGACCGUGGACCCAAAGGCGUGCAGGGCGAGAAGGGGACGAAGGGACAGGAGGGCCCCCCAGGGGAACAGGGCCUCAGGGGGGAGCCAGGAGAGAGGGGCUCCAAUGGAUUCCCAGGGGCCCGAGGCCCCGGAGGACAGAAGGGGGAGGCAGGGCAACCGGGAGUUCCUGGAGAAUCAGGUUCAUCUGGCAAAGAUGGGCUUCCUGGGUUGAGAGGUGCCAAGGGAGAAGUUGGAAAUAUUGGGAUUCGUGGACCCAAGGGUGAGAGAGGGCCCAAGGGAGCUUGUGGAGCCGAUGGGGCCAAAGGAGAACGGGGGGAUUCUGGUAUCCCAGGACGACCAGGGCUGCCUGGAAGAAAAGGAGAGCAUGGAGAUAUAGGGCCCGCAGGGGCCACAGGAGCUGCUGGAAAGGAAGGUCUGAUUGGCCCCAAGGGUGACAGGGGAUUUGAUGGAUUGUUGGGACCCAAGGGAGCUCAGGGUGAAAAAGGGGAGAGGGGCCCUCCUGGUGUGCCUGGCCCUCCCGGACCAAAUGGUGGAGAUGGGGCCCCUGGUCUAACUGGUGCUCAGGGGCUCGCUGGUGCGAAAGGCCCAGAGGGGCUUCAGGGACAGAAGGGUGAACGUGGCCCUCCAGGCCCUGCUAUGGUUGGCCCAAGAGGCAUUCCAGGUAUCCCAGGAGAGAGGGGGGAGCAGGGGGAAAUCGGUCAAGAUGGUUCCAAGGGAGACAAAGGAGUGCCAGGCAUGACGGAGGAUGAGAUACGUUCCUACGUUCGCUCAGAGAUGAGCCAGCACUGCGCAUGUGGAGGUUCUUUCGUAGACUCGCCGCCCCGAUCGGACAGCCAGUCCUUUCGGGCACGGCCUAUCCCAGGGUGGCAGGUGCCCCAGCAGGGCAAGGAGGGGCGGGAACUACGUGUCGUAGUCAACACCAAUGACCCAGACUACGAGCAUAUCUUCUCUAUUGAGAACUAUGAUGAUCCCUUGGAGGAAGUGAUUGACUUCACCCCGACAGCCAUACUCAAUAAGGGUGAAGCCAGCACUGUUAAUCCUCUCCAAGGUGUGAGACCCAAGAGAGAGGCCCCAGGGGCAGAAAACGCCUGCUUGUUGCCCUUGGAGGAGGGGAGCUGCUUGCGGUACACAAUCCGCUGGUACUUCCACGCCCUGGUGGGAGCAUGCCGGCCCUUCAUCUACAGCGGCUGCGGAGGCAAUGGCAACCGCUUCCUGACCAAGGAGGAGUGUGAGGAACACUGCCUGGGAGAGAGUACAGAUUCGAUGUCCGCCAGGGUGGGACGGUGAUUUUCCAUGGGUACUCUGCUCUCUAAACUCUCUAAUUCUAAGGAAUGCCAAGAAAUCAUAAUGGAAUACAGUGGAACCUCAGAGACACAAACUUCAAGAAUAUGGGUUGUUUGGAGCUCUUGAAAUUUUACUUAAACUGAAAUAUAAAUGCAUCAAUUUUAAUUGGAAUAGAUUCUUUUAAAAAAAUAAUUUUAAAAAACAGGCUGUUAUUUUGUGGCUAUGAAUCUUUUUUAAAGUUAAUAAUCAACGAUUAAACACUCCUUAGAUGGGAUCUCAUUAGAACAUUUUUUUUUUGCAUUGGGUUCCUGAAAGUAAGCACAAUGGCAUAAUGAUCUGUCUAUAGCCGAUAACUGUGAGCAUAAAAAGAUGCUACCAUCAUGCAUUAUGAAAAAUAAAGACAAUAUCAGUUUGAAAUGUCAUAAUUACAGAAUUUAUGUGUUCAUUACAGUUACAGAGGAAUUGAAAACUGUUGACUCAGAAAAGUUAUAGGUAGAAGGAUACAGGUACUGGAGUUCAGAGCAGGCUAGGGAUGAUUCUAGCCACAUCAUGAUAGACACGGCAUCAGUGAGGGAAUAUCGAAAGGAGAACAGCAGUCGAUGAAAGAGCAGGCAGCUCCUGACUACCCAACUACCCAAACUGCUUAUUGUAGGUAUUUGAUAACUGCAUCUGUCAAUUGGUCAAACAAUGCAUUAAAGCAUGUGUGUUAUUUCACUCAAGAAGGUACUGUUGUUCUCGUUUGUCACUUUUUGCAAAUAACAGAAUCUUUGUAUCGAAUAAUAAUGAGCUUGAAAAGGUGUAAUUGCCUAUGGUACGUCCAGGCUCAUACCCUGUUUCACUGACCAGUAAGUCUGUGUCUCUGAGGUUCAUAUAUCUGUGUUUCUGCUGUAUCUAAAAAUUAUUUUGAAAUAUAUUUUAAAGAAAUAUUUUACAGCUAUUCAUGUAAGCUGCUGUAGGUGAGCUUCAUAAGCGAUGGUGGUCUUCAGUUCAUCUGUUCAUUUUUGUUUCAGUGAUCUACUCAGCAGAUAUUUUUGUGUGAUCCAUUAAGCCCAGUCAUUAACACGUUGCAUCUGUAUUACAAAAAUAUCAAGUAUUACCUCUUGUUCUUUUGAAUAUAAAUACACUUUCAACAAUAUUUCUAUGAACAAAUUGAUUAAACAAAGGUUAUUUAUUUGAUAAGUUAAUUGGCAAUGGUGCAUUUUUAUGGCAGGUGAGCCUGAUUCUGUAUGUAAUGAUGUUUGUGUACUGUAAGGAUCUGGUAGUAGAUCAUAUCCAUGCAAUGAAGCUUUUCCUCUUUAAAGCCUUUUAUCUCUGUGCACUUUCUGAGUUUCUUUUAAAUCCAUAUAAUUCACCAAUAUGUAUUCACGCCUUUGAGUAUAGUUUCAAUAGAGCUCCAUCUGGAUUAGGAGCAAAUGGAUGGUCAUCUGUAUGUUCAAGAAAAAUGGUGCUGUUGUAGUCCUUAAGCAAAUAAUUUGUAGUCCUUGGAAUAUAAGCAAUAACUAAGCAAGUAGCCAAUACUGCCACUUUCCUGAAGUCUUAUGCGGUGCUGUUGAAAUCCUUUUAAAAGACCACAAGAAGUUCUGGUCAAAAAGGUCCCGAGCAGUGUUGCAAAUUUAAAUAUUUUUUAUCUUCUCAAUUCAGUUUUUAUCAUUCAGGGAUCUCUCCUUAUUAUUACAAUUCAACAUUCUCCACUUGCCGUUUUACCACCAGAGCAAAACUUUGUGUGCUGUCUGAAGACGUACAUUUAGUCAGCCUUAGUUCAGGCUAUUUGUAAUACUGUUUAAUGAAACGUGUAUCCCAAAGCUUGGAAAGGCAAGGCUUUUUAAUUACCUGAGGAAUGUGCUUAGUGUAUUGGUGCUGAAGAGAUGUCUAGUUAAUGAGUAACGUCCACACAAUAUUGUAACAAUAUUACAAUCAUGUUGCAGUUCAUUAGCUGGAUAUUGGUUCUUUCCAAAUCCUUGCAAAUGUACAAGGGUAUCAUAAGCGUAUCAGUGGGGUAGCAAAAUCUGUCCCUUAUGUACAUAUAUAUUUUUAUUACCUGGGGAACAAUCUUGAUAAUAUGUUGUUUUGAUUGUUUAAAAUUUCUGUUGUGUUAGUUGUGUUUAACAUUGCA